AUGAACGAUGACUAUAAUAAUAAUAACAUCGUCAUUGUUUUAAUUCAUAAAAAAGAUGCACAAAUUGACGAUAUAUCACAACGUUUACAUUGUAUUACCCAAUCAUUUAUUAAAUUUAAUAAUAUCGAUGAUACACUGGCAUAUAUUGAUACAAUAAAAGAUAAAAAGUUAAUUUUAAUUAUUUAUGAACAUGAUUUAUUUAUGAAUUACAUACUACCAGCCGUUCAUCAUAUUCAAAUGAUUAUUUUUAUCUAUAUUCAUUCUUCUUCUUCUCUGUCUAAAGCAAAUUUCAGUUGGUUUCAAACUAAAAAAGUUCGUAUCAAAUGUUCCGAUAAUAAUGAACUUUUAGAAAAACUAAAUCAUGACCUAGUCAGAAUCACUGACAGCAUAAGUAUAAAUGAACUAUCGUUAUUAAAUUCGGAUAAAUCAUCAACCGAUUUAGAAUUAGAUCAAAAUUAUUAUAUUUGGGAUCAAUUAAAAAUGAAAGUUUUAUUAGAUGUAAAACAUGAUAAUGAUUUAGGUAAAGAAGAAUUAUUAAAAGCAGUACGUGUUCAUUACCAGAAUAAUCCAGCAGAAUUAUCUAUCAUUGAUGAAUUUGAACGUGAUUAUGAACCUCAUGAUGCAAUUAAAUGGUAUACACGUGCAUGUUUUCUCUACCGUUUAUUAAAUAAAGUUUUACGGGAAAGAAAUAUUAAUGAAUUACUGAAAUUUCGUUUAAUUAUUGUCGAUUUACAUCGACAAUUAUCAUUAUUGUAUCAAGUAUCAACCGUUGAUGCCAGAGUAGUUUAUAGAGGGCAACGGUUAGCUUUAAGUAAAUUAAAACAAUUUAAAGUUGGUACACGUUUAUGUAUGAACACAUUUUUGUCCACAACAGAUGAUAAAGAUGUGGCUCUGUUGUUCUGUGGACGUGGUACUGAUUCUAACCCACUAUACACUUCAGCAUUAUACAAAAUACAAAUACCAAAUCAAAAUUCAACUGUAACACCGUUUGCUAAUAUUAAAUAUCACUCAUAUUUUCGUAACGAAAACGAAAUAUUAUUUUCAAUUAAUGCUGUUGAAGAUGGUU